AAAUCACGUUUCCUUUUCAGUAUCAUCCUCCAGCCACGCUUGGCGCUAACCGAGUAGGCGAUUUCACUUCAUCACCACUUCACAAAAGACUUCCAAAUCCACUGCAGCAGGCACGGCAAAAUAAAGAUGUUAAAUACAUCCUGGAUGGGAGGGGACUGAAGCGCUAGGCUCCAUCAAAGGUUUGCAAUAAUAGGAUUCAUAAAAAAAAAAAAAAAGACAGAUGGGAUUAGAAAAUGUUGCAGUGAAGACUCUGGAAUGAAAUGAGAUCACAGCACCAGCCUGUCUUUUGUGAACAGGCACAAUGAUCCCAGAGCCAGAUUGGAUUAGGAGACCUCGCGACUAGGGGUUCAGAGAGAGGCCUCCCAUCCCCGGGCACUUUUGGGGAGAGAAGGCUGAAACGAUGCAUCAGAUUUACAGCUGCAGUGAUGAAAAUAUAGAAGUUUUCACCACCGUGAUUCCUUCCAAGGUGACCAGUCCAGCCAGAAGAAGAGUCAAAAGCUCUCAACAUCUCUUAACCAAGAAUGUGGUGAUCGAGUCGGACCUCUACGCACCACGGCCCCUGGAGCUGCUGCCGCACCGCACAGACCGCCGCGACGGUGAGAGCCGCUGGUCGGGCCGCUUCCAGAACCCGCGGCUGCAGGGUCCUCAUCCGGCCAAGACUCCCGCCAGGCCUGUGGGGACGUCAGAACCCAAAUCAGCAAAUCUGUGUGGGAAUCGGACAUAUGGCAAAGCUUUGAUGCCUCCGGUGGCCCGGAUCUCUGUGAAAGCCCCCACGGUCCUGGAGGCGGCAGCCCCGGGCUCGGAGAACGUAGCUGUGCUCACCAGAGGCAUCACAAAACUUGGGGACUGGAUAGAACUGAAGACUCCAUCUUGCCAAUCCCCUUACUUAGUGGGAAGGCUGAAUGACUUGUCCAGCUGCUCUCGGCCAAGCCAGAGGAGAGACUUUUUAAAUAUACAUCAAAUGUAAGAGCUAAAGUGCUUAGUCGCUCAUUCAUGUCAGACUCUUUGCGACUCCAUGGACUGCAGCAUGCCAGGCUCCUAUGUCCAUGGGAUUUUCCAGGCAAGAAUACUGCAAUGGGUUGUCACUGCCUACUCCAGGGAUCCCUCACAUCCUCCCACCCUUGUUGGAAGCAAGGGCUUGUCUGUGAACCAUGUCCACAAGGCUGUUUUGUGUGCAGGAACAGCCAGCUCCAGCCUCAUUCUGGACCACAGGAGGGGCCUCCCACGAGGCGCAGGGGUGGCAGCACCUCUGACAGCAGAGGCAGGCAGGCAGCCCACCCACGGGACCCAGCUUGGACAUCGCCACCCAUCAGCCGAACCCCCAGUCCAGUGAGUGUUCUGAGAGCCUGUUUUCACUCAGAAAAACUGAAAUGUAAUGGAAUUUUUAAACUGUCUACAAGACAAUUUUAAACUAAGAAAACGGAACUGACUCUGCUUGGCCGAGGCCAAAGUACACAGAAGUUGGUGUGAAGUCACUUCUGCGGUGGGAACUGAGUGAGACAUGCUCGGUGGCUUCCCUGAGGAGGUGAAAGGAGGGAUUCUCCGUCCUCUGCGUCCUUGUGGAGAAUCACUGUAUGCGGGGGGGGGGGGGGGGGGGGUGUACAGUCCCUCCCCAUGAAGUGCUCAGAGUGGAUAAGGAUUAUUUCUGAGAAAUGCAGGGUUAGGUGGGAAGGUGGGCUCGCCCUGGGCAAAGUGUGGGAAGGGGCUUUGGGAGCCCCCAUGCGCGUCCUCUCUUGGCCCCCUCCGCCCCGCUUCCCCUCCCCAGUAGGGACCUGUCCGGCCCUCACCUGGUCUGCUUGUCCUCUCAUCCUCCCCCCAGGCCUUUCCCAGCACAUCUGGGCUGCAGACACAGCUCUCUGCUUAAGUGACAGGUGUGCGGGCGUGCUGGACACCACUGUGGCCUAGACACCACUGUGUCUAGAGGCACAACAGGGGCCUCUGCAGGGACACUUAGACCUGGAGAGGGCAAGGCCAAGGAGCAGAUGUUCAGAAGACAGGAGUCUUCACGCAGCGUCCCUCCCCACUUGUCUACUGACUCAGGACAGUGGUGUCCUAGAUCUCAGCGCUCCUUUCAGACCCAAACAACGCGGCCUUUGCCACUGGCCUGAGUAAGUCACAUUUAUUCUAGUUAGAAAGGGGCACCCAGGUGGUGGAGGCCCCGGGGCCUGUGGCUACAGAUAGAGGAAGAAGGCUCCGUUUCAUCUCCCUCUACCCGCCCCUCAUCUGAUACACACACACCCACCCCCUGCCCCAUCUUCUCAUGAACACUGGGCUAAGAUGUAAAUUGGGGGGUCCGCCUUGGGGGUCCCGUGUCCCUCCCUCCUCACCACCAUCUUUUUUCUCUGCCGGUGCACACCCCCUGGAUCCCGCACAAACCCGCCCCUUGUUUGACAUCCUGUGCGUUGAGUCCUUCUAACAACGGCCAGCCGUGCUCACCGGAGCGCAGAUAUCGCUCCGCUCCCUGAAAGGCCAGAUGGAACGCCCCCCGUCACCCCCCAUUUGUGGGUCCACAUCUG